GAUUUGUGCUUACCUUUCAGUUGUAGUCACUGCUAAAUUCACAUGUAAUCAUUUGGUUCUCUGUUAGUCGGACUGGACAUACUUUUGAGCUGUUUGAAAGUGUUGUUUAAACAUGGACAGCGAGGGGAGGAAAGUGGUGGUUUGUGACAAUGGCACAGGGUUUGUCAAGUGUGGCUUUGCUGGAUCCAACUUCCCCGAUCACAUCUUCCCGGCGAUGGUGGGUCGACCGAUCAUCCGCUCAACCACCAAAGUGGGCAACAUCGAGAUAAAAGACCUGAUGGUGGGGGACGAGGCCAGUGAGUGUCGCUCCAUGCUGGAGGUGUCCUACCCCAUGGAGAACGGCAUGGUGCGCUGUUGGGACGAGAUGCUCCACCUGUGGGACCACACCUUCGGCCCCGACCGCCUCAACAUCAACCCGUCAGAAUGCAAGAUCCUGCUGACUGAGCCACCAAUGAAUCCCACCAAGAACCGUGAGAAGAUCGCAGAGGUCAUGUUUGAGAAGUACCAGUUCCACGGCAUCUACGUGGCCAUUCAGGCCGUGCUCACUCUGUACGCACAAGGUUUGCUUACGGGAGUGGUCGUCGACUCUGGAGAUGGCGUCACCCACAUCUGUCCAGUUUAUGAGGGUUUCUCUUUGCCUCAUCUCACACGAAGGCUGGACAUCGCAGGACGUGACAUCACAAGAUACCUCAUUAAACUCUUGCUGCUCCGUGGUUAUGCCUUCAAUCACACGGCUGACUUUGAGACUGUCCGGAUGCUGAAGGAGAAGCUCUGCUAUGUGGGAUACAACAUUGAACAAGAGCAGCGUCUGGCCACAGAAACCACCUACCUGGUGGAGUCUUACACGCUCCCUGACGGCCGGCAGGUGAACGUCGGUGGAGAGCGAUUCGGGGCCCCUGAAGCUCUCUUCCAGCCUCACCUCAUCAACAUAGAGGGAGCAGGAGUGGCUGAGCUGCUGUUCAACACCAUCCAGGCUGCAGACAUCGACCUCAGGGCUGACUUCUACAAGCACAUCGUUCUGUCAGGAGGCUCUACCAUGUACCCCGGCCUUCCAUCCAGGCUGGAAAGAGAGAUCAAGCAGCUCUACCUGGAGAGGGUGCUGGACGGAGACACUCAGAAACUAUCAAAGUUUAAGAUCCGAAUCGAGGAUCCUCCCAGACGUAAACACAUGGUGUUCCUGGGCGGCGCUGUGCUGGCAAACAUCAUGAAAGACAAGGACUCCUUCUGGCUGAGCAGAGAGGAAUAUCUGGAGAAAGGCCUGGGAGUGCUGCAGAAACUGGGAGGUGGAGUCAGAUAAAAUACAAUAAAAUCAAGUAAAUAUACCUGACAAACAGAAACGUCAUCUGUUUUUUUUCAACUCACUUUUUUCAACUGUUAGUGCUAAAAUGUUUGUUUUUCAAAUAAAAAUACUGAACAGAUUGUUACAUAUUCUCUAAUAUCUGAUUUUUUUCAGCUUUUAGCAGUUUUAUUGUUCUAAACUGGACAUUUUAGGAUGUUUUAACACUUUUUUUGGCAAAAAAUAGUUGAUUUGAUUUUUGUGAUUUUAUGAUGAUUCCUCUUAAAAAAAAUCCAACAAAUUCAUGCGGGAAGCAAUCAAAAGUCCUUAAAAUGUCAAUCUAUUCAGAUGUUUGUUACAUUUAAAACAACUGGCAGGUGGUUUAUUUUGUAUUACCGUAAUUUCCGGACUAUUGAGCGCACCGGAAUAUAAGCCUCACCCACUAAAUUUAAAAAGAAAAAAAGUUUUGUACAUAUACAAGCCGCACCUGACUAUAAGCCGCAGGUGUCCACGUUGUAACAUGAGAUAUUUACACAGAAAGAUUUUUUUUAAACUUUUAAUUAAAGUAUGCUUUUUCCGAACAGUGCCUGUAACAUCGCAGUAAAACGCAUUGAGUCAGUUCACGCUGCCGACUCCAACCUCUCACCAUUGAUUCAUUGAUAUCAAGCUUACGCUCUAUUUCCUUCUUCGACAGGCAGAUCGGUUGCCUUUAACUUAAAAACUGUGUUUCCGACCCGAUUCUGCCGGCCGCCGAACCGCGGUUGGGCAGCCUCGGGUAGCGCUAGCCCGCUUAGCUUAGCGGUUGGGCAGCCUCGGGUAGCGCUAGCCCGCUUAGCUUAGCGGUUGGGCAGCCUCGGGUAGCGCUAGCCCGCUUAGCUUAGCGGUUGGGCAGCCUCGGGUAGCGCUAGCCCGCCUAGCUUAGCGGUUGGGCAGCCUCGGGUAGCGCUAGCCCGCUUAGCUUAGCAGUUGGGCAGCCUCGGGUAGCGCUAGCUCGCCUAGCUUAGCGGUUGGGCAGCCUCGGGUAGCGCUAGCCCGCUUAGCUUAGCGGUCGGGCAGCCUCGGGUCGUGCUAGCCCGCUUAGCUUAGCGGGGCUCGUUAAGGGUAACCGCCAGAUAUAAGUCCGGACAAACUUUGCAGGGGGAGAAUGAGGCACUUUAUUGAACCAGCAGCAACUGUCCACGUGCACUAGCUUCCCACUCUUGUCCUGUAUAACUGGCUGUAUCAUCAUGGUGCAUCUCACUAUGCCUCCGCUUCCACGCUCAUCUCUGCAACACACACACCUGCAGCGCUCCUCCUCACGUCACACUCACACAUACACACACACCGCAACCUGCCAAGGGUAAAGGAGAGCAGACUCGGCCUGCAACAGCUGCAUCAUAUGCAUUUCUUUUGUGUGUUUUCCAUGAUGAGGGUGUGUGCACGAAGCGCAAAAUGACUGAUUUGAAGAAUUUAGUGUGCGUGUGUUUGAUUUAAUUCGAACAGUUUUAUUGGUCCACUGUGACCUGUUCGGUAAUUUUAUUGGUCUGAUGUGACGAGGCUAAAUCUAUUGAUGGCAUGAAGCUCGCACGUAAAAAUCUAUACAUUAGCCGCAUCGUUGUAUAAGCCGCAGGGUUCAAAGCGUGAGAAAAAAGUAGCGGCUUAUAGUCCGGAAAUUACGGUAUUUUGCUGCUUUGCAGAGAACACAUCAAUAACUAAGAUUUAGAUUACACACUCAAUCACGAGUUUGAAACAUUUUUAAAAAAUACGUUUUAAUUGAGUCUUGAUUCAGCCUUCUGCAAUGCUGAUAAGGCUUUAGGAUGAAAAAGAAAAUAAUAUCUGGCUGAAAUUCUAACUUUUGGAGUGAAUCUAGCUCCAUAUUGUACCAAUUUAAAGAGUAGCGUGAAUUUUUCUUGUGUAAAAGUAUAAUGGAACUACUGAACAGCAAAUGUGAAAUAUUGCUUAUUAAGGUAGAUGUUAUUUCUCACAUCCUACUGUAAAAGUAGAUAUUAUUAAAACAUACUGUUAUUUCUUGUUUUCAACGAAUACCUGUCAGCAUUUGUCAGUCAUACAUAAAAAUUAUUUUUUAAAUAAGUGCCACUUUUUAUACAUGCUUUUAAAUAAAAUUUAACAUACAUGCAAA